AUGCCUCCCUCCCCGCAAUCUCGGCGCCUGCAUCCCGGUGCCACUUACCCUGCCAGGCCAGAGCCGCGCGACGCGCAGACAGCUCAUUCCCCGGGCGCCCCGAGCCCUAGUCCCGCGGCGCGAGGAGCGGGGGAGAGGGCGCUCUGUCCUUCCCCAGCCCGCACACCGCUGUCACACAUGCAGGGAACAAAUGAGCAGCAAGAAGGAGUAGCGGAGCCACCAGCUGGGAGAAGGCCGGCGAGCCCGCUCCACGCACAGCACAGCCUCACCCGCAGCCGCCACACCUGUGCAGGAAUCCGCGGGCGCCCCGUGGCCAUCAUCCAGCGCAUCACGUGGGUGAGCCCGCCCACCAUUACUCUGGAAUGGAAGAGGAAGGUGGCCCAGGAAGCCAUCGAGAGCCUCAGUGCCUCCAAGUUGGCCAAGAGCAUUUGCAGCCAGUUCCGGACUCGGCUCAACAGUUCUCACGAGGCUUUUGCAGCCUCCCUGCGGCAGUUGGAAGCUGGCCACUCAGGUCGGCUGGAGAAAACUGAAGAUCUAUGGCUGAAGGUUCGGAAAGAUCAUGCCCCCCGCCUGGCCCGCCUUUCCCUUGAGAGCCGUUCUUUACAGGAUGUCUUGCUGCAUCGUAAACCUAAAUUAGGACAGGAACUGGGCCGAGGCCAGUAUGGUGUGGUAUACCUAUGUGACAACUGGGGGGGACACUUUCCUUGUGCCCUCAAGUCGGUUGUCCCUCCAGAUGAGAAGCACUGGAAUGAUCUGGCUUUGGAGUUUCAUUACAUGAGGUCUCUGCCGAAACAUGAGCGAUUGGUGGAUCUCCAUGGGUCAGUCAUCGACUACAACUAUGGUGGUGGCUCCAGCAUUGCUGUGCUGCUCAUUAUGGAGCGACUACACCGGGAUCUCUACACAGGGCUGAAGGCUGGGCUGACGCUGGAGACACGUUUGCAGAUAGCUCUAGAUGUGGUAGAGGGGAUCCGCUUCCUGCAUAGUCAGGGGCUUGUCCAUCGUGACAUCAAGCUGAAAAAUGUGCUGCUGGACAAACAGAAUCGUGCCAAGAUCACUGACCUAGGAUUCUGCAAGCCAGAGGCCAUGAUGUCAGGCAGCAUUGUGGGGACACCAAUCCAUAUGGCCCCUGAACUUUUCACAGGAAAGUACGAUAAUUCUGUGGACGUCUACGCUUUUGGGAUUCUUUUCUGGUAUAUCUGCUCAGGCUCUGUCAAGCUCCCUGAGGCAUUUGAGAGAUGUGCCAGCAAAGACCAUCUCUGGAACAACGUGCGGAGAGGGACCCGCCCAGAACGUCUCCCUGUGUUUGAUGAGGAGUGCUGGCAAUUGAUGGAAGCCUGUUGGGAUGGUGACCCCUCUAAGAGGCCUCUCUUGGGCAUUGUCCAGCCCAUGCUUCGGAGCAUCAUGGACCGACUCUGCAAGUCCAAUUCUGAGCAGCCGAACAGAGGGCUAGAUGAUUCUACUUGAUAUCAAAGGCCUUUUGUCUUCCAUUCUCUGUUUCUUUCCUUCCCCUUACCUUUUACCCAUGGGGAGAAUUUGACAUUUAUUCAUUAAGGGAGCUGAGGGAAUUGGUGCUUGCUGGCAACUUGAGACCUUCCUGGGCAGAGAUGGCUCCUGGACAGUGAAGAGUUGGAUAGCUGUUUAAGCAUUCUGGGCAGUUCACUGAUGUCCCAUGCUGUCCUUUGGCAAAAGAUUGUCUAAGAUGUAUAAAAACUGAAGAAUGUAAUGUUCUGACCUCUGAACCUAAAAGGAAACAAAUGUUACCAUUGUCUAGUCACUAUGCUGUGUUUAUAAGGCAACAAGUAGUGGCACAGUGGCAAUAGUGUUAAACAUGUAUCGCUUUCAUGAUUUCAGCUUUAGCUAGGAGUAGUUUGGGUCUACCUAGUGGUAAGGACCACAUAGAAAAUUCAGCCUUAGUUCAGGAUUCUGUGAACAUGAGUAUAACAAAAACAACUUGAGGUUUCCUGGUUCCUGCUAUUUGUAACUGGGGAAUCUCAGGUGGUAACAGUCAGAAGCCCCAGGGAGGGAGCUAGAAACAAAGCUCUCUGUUGCUUAUAGUGCAGUGUGUUUACAUUAUGGGGCCACACAUGCCUGAGAUCUGGGAGGGUAGGAGAGGGUUUCGCUGUUAUAUUAACAAGAAGCAAAAAAAAGUGUGUACAUGUGUACACACACACACACAAUUUUGAGUUACUGCUAACCCCAGAACAGAAUCUGUUCUACUCUUAGGUCUUCCUAAUCUCCUGCCCUCUUUUGGGCAGAAGGGAAAGCUGCAAAUAACAUGAUACUUAGGUGUGAGUGUCUAAAUAGAACUGACCCAGUGAGACCUGAGAGUUGGGAAGUAUUAGGAGGCUAUGGCCUGUAUCUGAACCUCCUAGGAGGGCUACAGUUUGUCUUUGAAACUUAAAAAUGUUAAAACUCUCUUUUGUAUUUGAAUCUAACACGCUAAUAUUUUUAAGCUUGACCAGUGGUUUAAAAAGCCAAGGUUUCUUCUGUUCCUUCUUUUUAUGUUAUUUUAAAUAUAAUCUGUUAGAAGAAAGAAUCGGACAAAAGAGAACAAGGAGACUUUCAAAGUACACUAGAGAGAAACUGAUUCCAGUCAGAAGAGGGUAACAGAUUAAACACUGAUGCAUCUCAGGUCUUGACUUGGAAGUCUCCCUCCACCAAACUGGUCCAUUAGGUUUAGAAACAUAGGCAGGUGAAUAGGCAGAAGAGGAAAAUAGCUUCUCUCUGUGGUCUGGCCCCUAUGUCCACUCCAAAGUAUGUGAAAUAACCAGGCAUGGUGGUGCACACCAGUAAUCCCAGCACUUGAGAGACUGAGACUCUCAGGUUCUAGGCCAGCCUGGGCUACAUAGCAAGUUUGAGAUUAGCCUUAACUAUAUAGUGAGACCCUGUCUCAAAAAAACAAAGCAAAGUGUAUGAAAUAGGUCCCCAAAUAGGUGUUUAAUGUGUUACAUUAGUUGCUAGGGUUUUCUAGAGUUAUAAUUGAAUGACUGUCUCUUACAUAGAAUAUAAAUGGAGUCUAUAAUAAAUUUUUAUAUACAUAACUUUUUUUUGUGGGGCUGGGGAUUGAACCCAGAAUUUCAUGUAUGCUGGCAAGUGCUCUACCACUGAGCUGUACACCAGCUUUAUAUAAUUUUUAAAGCUCAGUUUUAACUGUAGUCACCCUGGGCUAUGAUUAUAAUACAUUUAAGCAUAGUAGCCCCUAAGCACUUGCAACCCUUCAGAAACUCCAUAUAAUGCUAUAAAUCUGUUUACUUACAAAUGAUUAAGUGACUAACUCGGUGUUUUUUAGUUUUAUUGGUUCCAGCCUGGUUUUGGUAGAAUGUUCAGUAUACCUCUUAGCACUUCGACUGUACUUCAAGUUCCUCCAUUCUCCUCAGCAUUAACUUGUUGCCCUUCUAGGGACUAUGAUGGGCUAGAUGUUGAGUUAAGAAAGGAGAAAUGAGUAGUCUUUACUUAUGAGAAAAUCACUAUAAGUCAAGUCUGAAUGAAAUUUCCAGAAAAGUCUUAUGUAGUUAGUUAGGGAACUGCAGACUCUUGUAUUUUUAACUUUAGCUAUAAUCAGGAGUCUGUACUUCCAUUGUAGAAAUCACAUUCCUAACACUCUUUGAAAGUUUAAGCUCAUACUCAUACAUGGGAGGUUAGAUUUUUUUCCCCCCACUCUGAGUCCUUUUUCAGUUUAUCCACUAUGGCUUAGUCUGCUCUUGGGUACCAAUUUUCUAGCAAAUUCCCUAUAUUUUUUGCCCAGUGGGAGGAAGAGAGGGACUAUGGUAAAUAAGGAAAUAAGUAGUUGUUUUAUAGUUUAUUAAAAAAAAAAAAGUAUUCUGAGAAAGGUGCAAGAUAUUCCUAAAAAUCUCCAGACUAGCCAAAGUCCACAUAUGGAUAUUUGGUGGUGUUAUUUAACUACUCAGCAGGCUGAGUGCGAGAAUACAUGUGUAUAAUAUGUGUAUACUUUACUUUUGUUUUAUAACCUUGUUAGCUAAUUUUGGAUUCCUUGGCACCCAUUAUUAUUAAAGUGAUGGAAUGCCAUGAAAUGUACUGUAUUGUAUAUUGCUUGGGAAAACACUAGGUAUGGCACCAUAGGCAGUACAUGACUUAGCAUGGCCAAAGUCCUGAAGAAUUUCCUCCCAGCUUUGGUUGUGUUCCCAAGUGAUGAAGUGAGAUUGUGUUGAGGGAGGAAGAAGGAUGGUAUGGAGAAUUAUCCUUACUGUGUUCUAUCCUUAAAAAUUGUAAUGAGGGCAUUUUACCCCAGCCUAAAAAUGAUCACCUGGCCAUUUUUAAUGAGCUUGAAGACUGGUUACUCUUUUUGCUUCAGAACUGAGAGAUCUUUCUUGCAGAGCAAUCAGAAGAAAUGCUGGUGAAGCCUGGGGCCCUGGAUUGGCUGAGCCUGUGCCUAGAGAGCUAGCAGCGAUAUAUUCAAGGAAUGUUCACUCAGUCAGGGUAGGUUCCCCCAGGCAGGUCAUGGUGCCCUGGUGCUCUGCAGUGGCCACUUAACUGAGAAGGCCUUUCACUUCUCUGGGAAGGAGGACUGCCCUGGUUGUUCCCAGACCAAAGAGAGUCUAUUUUGACAUCUACUUUUAAGGGGACAGACUAGUCAGAAGCUGCUCCUGAUUUUUAACACUAAAGCUCUAGGAAACAGUGGAGGAAAGAAUAUGUUACUGUUAACUAUAGAAGCAGGAGAAUGUUAGAACUCUGGGCCAAUACCUGUCAGCUCUGCUUUUGUAUCUUUGCUUGAGCUUCCAAAGAGGGGUUGGAGGGUUGAGGAUGUAGCUCAGUGGUAGAAUGAGUGCCUAGCAUGUACAUGGCCUUGGGUUCAAUCCCAGCACCAAAAACCACAGAAAAGUCAAAUACUGGUUGAAAAUGUUUUUCCUGGCAAAAGUGGCCCAGGGUAGCAGGGCUUCAAAGUGACAAUUGCACUGAAAGACACUUUAUUUUUUUGGCUUACUGUUUAGCACUGAGAAGCCCAGGGGGAUUGGUGAUUACAGUAGCACUUUGGGAAACUGAGGCACCCUCUGGCCUUGCUUUGGAGAGAUGCCAUGCCUUUAGUGUUCCAUUUGGCCAGUUGAAACCUACCAAGUCCAUGUUGCAUCAAAGUGGGGUUAACAGCCCUGGAACAAUCCAUUGCCAAAGGAGGUAUUGCUUUCUUUGUGUUCAAAGCUUGCUGUUUGGAUUUGCUGGAUCAAAUAACCCACUUUUUCUUUAAAAGAAAAUGAGGGUUUAUUCUUCUAGAAAUGGGGGGGGGUGAACUUGAGCUAGUGUGAUAUUAAAGUGAGUAAGGAAGGAGUGAUCUUGGGAUACUUGUGUCGCAAACUCCCCUGGAGGUUUCAUCUGCUUUGUUAACAUCUAGUCCAAUUGAGUUGAUGGCAGAAACUGUGUGAGAACAUCUGACAUUGGGGAGGCCACCUUGUCCAGAGGGCUGAUGACAAAGUUGGUCUGGAUAGCUCAUUGUCUUUUGUCUUUAUGUAAUGUUUUUUAUCUGUUUCAAAGGACUAAUGUUUAUUACAAUGUUAAAUAAAAGUAUAACAUACUAAGUGUGUAGAGUAAAAGUGCAAUAACAAAAGAAAAUUAUUUUGACACAAAUGUCAGUCUCUACUCCUUCCUUUCUUGUGCUGCCUGGCUCUUCCCAGGGCACUGUUACAGCAGGACCGUGUUAAUUGUGUAUAUUUUUAAAAGAUGCAACUAUGGGUAUAUCUUCAUUUAGUGUAAUUUUGAAUGGUUGGGCUUGGUUUUAUAGAGUAUUCUAUAAUUGUUAGGAUGCACAAAUACCAGACGUGCUGUAUAAUAAAGAUCACAUUAACAUUUUAGUUUUAUGUCUGUUUGGCAUUACCUUUCCUUCACUUCCCUGCCCAGCAUUGCAGGAUGCUGUCUAAUCCCCUGAGCUUCCACUGUGACCUGUGGUCAAAUACAGGGAGAUUGAUGACACGUGUUAUUCCUCCAGCAGCAGCCUUCAUCAUGACCAUGAAUUUUGGUAGAUCUUGGUGACUGGA